AUGACAGAAGUUGAAGCAACUACUGUUGAUAGAAAAGAUGAGAAUGAUAAGAUACAAUUAGAGGUUACCAAUCUUAUUAACACUAAGAGGAGUAGUGGAAAGAUGUCUUCCAACAUUACACCAAAAGUCAAUGUAUUAGAAGAGGCAGCUGCAGUUAAGGCAGCCAAGGAUGAGGCUGAACUAUGGAUGAAGAUGGAGGAUGAUGAUGAUAAUGAUAUGAUUAUGAUUAGUGAUCAUGAUGAUGAUGAUGCGGAGAAGGAGAAGUAUAGCAGGACCCAACCAAUGGUAAAGAGGCAACGUAAGAUAGAUAGUAACACUGAGAUCAUGAAGAAAGAAGAAGAUGAUAUACCAUCUGAUGCAUGGCUUAUGAAGGGUCUCAUUGUUAAAGUACUCAACAAAGAUCUAUGUAAUGGUAAAUAUUAUAAAAGUAAAGGUGAAAUAAGGAAAGUAUUAUCACCAUAUGUAUGCCAUGUUAAAAUACUAAAAAGUGGUGAUAUAUUAGAAUUGGAUCAAACAGAUCUACAGACUGUUACACCUGCUAAUGGUCGUACUAUACAAGUAGUCUUAGGUCAAUACAAAUAUCAAUUUGGUGUAUUGAAAAGUGUGGAUCCUACUACUGGGUCGUGUACUAUAAUACUAGUAGGAGAUAAGACUGAUAAGGAAGUUAUAUUACGUCCAGAUGAUAUAUGUAAAGUAUAA